AUUCAAGUGUUUCGUCGCUGAUGUCUCAAUUGUUACGGUUGGCUGCUUUGACGUCACCAAUGAAAUUGCCCUGCAUUGUUUUGUUUACAGUCGCCUGAAUUUCGGCCGGUUCGAUAUCAACAAGCGUAAUUUACUUAAUGUCAGUUUACAAAACGCAUUAUCACAGACAGCUCCCUUGCUGUUAAACUAGUUUAUUCCUGUCAUUUUUUUUAAACUCAGAAGUGUCACCCGCCCAACAAGGUUUAAGCCAAAAUGAUGCGGAACGGUUUCAAGAUUGGCAUGCUUCCCAUGCGAAAUGCAAGUGGGCGGCACAUGGGCGAGCCCAAAUGCCAGAAGUGUCUGCAAAAGGGUCAUUGGACGUACGAGUGCCAAAACAAACGAAAAAUCCUUGAGCGACCAACAAGGACGGCCCAGCUGAAUAAAAGAUUGAAGAAUCCUAAUCAAAUCAGCAAUACAGAGCAGUUGACAGUGAGCACGCCAGUUGAAACUGAAAAGAAAGAUUCUUCGUCUUCUUCAGAUUCUGACUCGAGCGACAAAGAAUCCAAUUCAUCAACAUCGUCAGACUCUUCACUAAGCUCAGACUCCUCCGACUCAAGCUUAAGCUCAGACUCAUCAUUAUCAUCUUCUUCAGAGCGGAAAAAAAGCAAGAAGAAAGACAGAUCGGAGCUGUCAAAAAGUGAUCACAAGCAUAAAAGAAGUCGAUCACCUGCACGGAGACAAGCGCGUUCUAUAGAGCGACAGCCAGAGAGGGAGAUGAGGUCUUCAACUGAUAAAGGAGAACGAAGAAACCGUUUGCGAAAUGUGAGCUUGGAUCUCCCCGAAGAAUCAGAGGAGGAAAGUUCUACCCGCAUGAGAAGUGUUAUUUCGGUGCCCCAGGCUCAGAGCCAUAAUAAGCAAAAGAGGAAUAGGAGCAGCAGUUCGUCAUCAUCUGAAUCUGAUUAACUCUGUGUGACCUAUGUUCAAGCUCGUUAUUGAUAAGGAGUUUCAAGUAUGACAUCAAAGAAGAUUUACUAAAUUUUGAUUACAAAUUUGCAUCUUUUUUCAAUAAAUUUUAAGAGUAGCAAACACGA